AUGGCGGAAACACCAUACCGUUCUUGGAAGAACUGGAAGAAAGCGAAAGAAAGGUAUGAUAUAAACUGUGCUAUAAAAGCAAUGCCUGCUGGUCUAUGUGAAAGCAUUCUUGAUUCUGACAACGUGGAGGGUAUGAUAGAUAAAUGUGUGGAAAAACUUAAGAAUAUUUUAGACCACUGGCCUGUAAGUUUAUACCUUGUUGAAGAGGACCUUAUUUAUAAAGAAUUGCAAGAUAUUAUCGUGUAUCAAGUCAAGAUAAAACAACAUGUAAAGUUAGUAUUGGAUCAGAGCAGUCAAGGUAGAGUAAUACGUGAUGUGGUAUUGUGUUUAGAGCUGUUUAAAUGGCCUUAAUAUUUGCAAAUAUAUCAACAAUAUCGUAAGGUUUCAGCCAGACAAUAUACUCUGUCCUUGUUCUGUUGUGUGCUCAGUAUAAAUUUGCAUUUUCUCCACCCUUUAUACAGACACUUUAUAGGAAUGUAUGAAUAAUGUAUCGAUCAAUUCGAAACUUCGCCAUCCCCCCCCCGGGCCGACCCCGGGAAUUUGAACUUUUUGAAAUUUGACUGAUUUUGUGUGUGAAGCAGAAUUUUUCUUUGUCUUGUGGUUUCUCGGGUGGAACUAAUUAGAAAAGACAAACAGAAAUUCCGCUCUGUGUGCAAAAUUCGCCUAGUGGAAAACGGCCUUCACUACUGGUCAAAACCAACUUAAUUGCAGCCAAGGGCGUGGCGAACGAUUCCUGAUUGGGGGGGCAUCAUACCAUAAUUACCAGCUUGCUAACCCACCCCGUCGCCAAGAAAUUUUCGGUCUACCAUUUUAGGGAUAAAAAAAUUUUUGCGAAUAUCAAAAAUUUUCUCCGUUUAUCAAGGAAAUUUUUCUAAAAUUUGGAAAAAAUUUUGGAUUUUCUAAAAUUUUUGUAAAUAAUAUAAUAUUUCCUUUAAUAUUUAAAUAAUUCCUUUGACCAACUUUUCAAAUUUUGACCAACUUUUCAAAGUUUAGAAUUAUUAGGGGGGGGGGGGUGUCGCACCCCCCUAAGCCUCCCAGUUGCCACGCCCCUGAUUGCAGCACUUGGUAGAGUCAAACUGGAAGCACUCUUCUCAUGUUAACAUAUGGUAUGCUAUGAUCAGACAAAAUUGCAGGAAUUGAACCCCAGAACAGAAGCAGAGUUAGAUGGACCACUAGCUGUGCCACCAAUCCAAUGAUUAAAAAACAUUUCAUUUUUGUCAGGUUAUUGAGGCAUGACAACAUUGUUGCGUAUCGUGGAAUGGAUUCCCUCAAAAAAGAUCUACCAGAUUACAAUUUAAAACAAGGUAGCUUCAUGAUAAUUAUGGAAUAUGUUCCUGACAAUCUGAGCAAACAUGUGGAAAAUUUAAAAUCUCCUGAAGUAAAAGGUUUACCGAAAAGUCAAGUAUGGGACUUUGGAGAGCAGAUCAUGAGUGGCUUGUAUUAUUUACACAGUUUUUCUAUCGCACAUAGAGAUUUGAAACCUGAUAACAUUUUGGUAAGUACAUGUAAUAUGUAUUAUCAUAGGUAAAUGUGGUAUUGGAACCGCAUGAAAAAAAUUAACCCAUUGAGUGGCAGUAGUUUGCCCUUGAUCAGUAAAAUUAUCUGGCAUCAGACAGAUUAAAAUUAUACUUAAGUAGGGGCAUAAGGGUCCAUUGCCAUUAAAGAGUCAGAUAAUCUGCUUAACCCAUUGAGCAGCACCACUAAUUUCCCCUUGACGAGUAAAAUUAUUUGGUGUUUGACAGAGUAAAAUUUUAAGGUAGGAUGCAUUAGGGUACAUUGCCACUUAAGGGGUGAAAAGCGAACAGCAUACAUGUUGCAAGAGGUACGGUAACUAGUUGACUGGGACUGACUCAUUAUUAGUUGGUUGUUUCAGGCAGUUCCAACACAUUCAGCUCAACAAUACCAAUAAAAAUAAACCAAUCAGAUGAACAAAAUGGUUUAUCUUGUUUAUUUUUAUAGUUAGAGAAAGGUGUGACAAGAAUGCGGCUCAAACUUGCAGAUUUUGGUUUGGCACUGCAUUUGAAAAAUCCAAAUAACCCAGAAGAAAAUGAGCAACAACAUCAACGUUGGUGUGCACCAGAAUGUCUUGGUAUGGUACUUUGUCAUAUUUAACACUUAUUAACUGGGAGCGAGGGCAACAGUGUGUGAUAUGUAAGAGUUAAUUACCGAGAAGGAGGGCUUUAUGCUAUAUACAGCCCCGAGAACGCGAAGCGUUCGAGGGCUUUAUAUAGCAUAAAGCCCGACAUUCGAGGUAAUUAACUGGCUUAUUUCAUGAUUGAAGAGGUUUUCUAACAAAGUUUUAUGCUUUUUUUUCGAUUUCGACAAGUAUUUUUCUAGUUUUCUCGCUUAUUUCUUGACUAAUUAGGGCUGUAUGGUAUUCAAGGGCAUUAUGCUAUAUACAGCCCGCGGUACAUCAAAGAAAACCGAGUCAAUCAUGAAAUAAUUAACACUUAUCGACUGGGAGCAAGGGAAACAGUGUGGUAUGUUUUGUUGACCUGAGAUUGCCAAUGUUGUCAGUCGACAACAGCUGAGCAUUGGCACUUAAGGGUCCACAAAACAUUUGGGAAACAGUGUGUUUUGUGGACCCGAGACCGCUGUUGUUGCCCGAGGCAAAGUCAAGGGCAACAACGGCGGUCAAGGGGCCACACUGCUUUCCCGAGGUCUCAGUAAAUAAGUGUUUUGUUAUAUAGUAUGUAAGUGUCAAAGUAUGAAUAAAACCAAAACUGGAUAACGCCGUAAAUCAGUUCAGUAAAAAGUUUAAAAAAUGAACUUUGGAACUUCAUGGUUGACACGCAUGCGUAUUGCACCCAUUUUAUUAUUGACCUGUCAAUAAAUGUUUGAUUGCGGACCGGUUGCCGAACAUGACGUUUUGUGUACCGGCACGUGACACGGUUUUGACCAAUUGGCAAACAGAAAAUUUGAACUUUGACACUAACAAUAUAACAAUACAAAUUGUUAUUAAAUUAAUUUUGCUAUCACAAUACUUAAACAGCAAUGGUUAGAUAAAUGAAUUGGUGAUGAUGUGAUUGUGCUAUAAUAGUAUUAGACCCUGAAAUCACAGAUGAAGUUGGAUCAUUCAUGAAGAGCGACAUCUUCUCCUAUGGCUUAGUGUUGCAUUAUAUGGUAACUGGUGAUAAACCAUGGGCGACAGAAGAGUCGCAUGCAGCCGGUGUGGAGAGAAUGAAUGAGGCUUUACCCGACUACCCGGAGAACUUGGGCACAGGACCUCUGAACGAUUUAUAUGACAGCUGCUUAUGUUGGGAACCUGAACAACGUCCAUCUGCUGGAGAAAUUAUCAAUAAAAAGUUUCAAGGUAAGAAUACUUGAGUAUUCUCAAUAUAUAUGUGAACAUUAUCAUUUACACUUAGCGAGUGCUUGCGGCCUAAUUCACUUUCGAAAUUUUGAGUUGGGAGCAGGCUAAUUUGUACAAAGAUACUGUAAUUAUUUUUGAAGAUCCUUUACAAUUGUAGGAAAAGAAAUAUUAAUUAAAACAAGUUCACCCCCCCCCCCCCAGCUGUUAUACCCAAGUUUAUACGGCCCUGAAUCUACUUUUGACCAAAACUGAAGGAAAAUCAGACUAGUCCCCUAGGCAUUACACGUCUAGGGGCAUUGACUCCCCUAUACUGUCUCCCCUAUACUAUCACUCACUAUACUGUCUUAAAGUGUCUUUGAACUUUGAGAAAGGCUUUACAGAGUAUGAUGGUUAAAACACAAUAUAUAUACCGUAAUGUGUAAAGUACCAAGAGAGAGUUAACACUACUUGCUUGUUUCAAGUCUUCUUGAUUACGUCGUAUUAAUCGUAUUGUGUUUUUAGUCUUGCUGUAGAUGGGAAGGGAUACAAAACUCUCAUAAACUUUACUAGUUGUUAACAAGCUACUUUUCGAUCGAUCUAAUAAUCCACAGUUGUAAUUCUAAAAGUCCUUUAAUUAAUAAUCGCCGAGUUUCAUGAUCGGCGUUAACUUUAAAAUAAUAAUCGAAUUGUGGUUGUUGGAAAAAAGUGGGCGUGGCUCGAAUGUAACUCUCCGUAAUCUUAACUCUCCGAUCUAAAUUCACACUCCCAAUAUUUCACGAAGUGACUGCCACUUAAUUAGUUUACCUUAUAGAGCCUAAACGUCAGUCCGAGUUCGGACUUAUAACAUAACAUAACAUAUCACUACCACUUAACAUAAUAUUCUUCUAUAUUUCUAGCUCACACGAUAAACCCAUACACUGUGACGAUGCAGACAGCGGAGUUUUUCACUUGUGGAUUUCUUAAAGACACCCACAUUGUUGUUGCUGAUAGUUUAGUUGAUGAGGUAAUUAUGUAGUCGCAGAUUCGAUUUAAUAUUUAUAUUUAAGCCUGGAUUAAACCACAACCGCAAAAGUAUUGAUGGAAUUUAGCAAACAAACGUUUGCAUGAGAUUGAUCGCAAGUAUUUCAACUCUCGUCAAUGAUCAGUUUCAUUCGAAAGUUCAGUCCAAAAUAGCAUCUUCGUUACAGUCUAGUUUAUUUUAUUUUACUGUCUGGAGCGUCUAGUACUGAGACCAUUUUAGUGAGACAUUCUCUUUCAAAAAUAAGUAAAACUUUCCGUGUCCGAGAUCUGUAGGUAGGAAAGUGUACAUUUAGGUAUAUUAUGACUCGGUAAACGUAAUUUCAAUAUUGAAUUUUUAUUAAUAAUUGUGCCCAUGAAUUAUAGUCAUGAUUGCUAAUUGUUACUAGCCUGCUCAAAUUCGUAUCAUCAACUUUCCUAUAACUAUAAUUUCCUAUAAUUUCCUUUCCUUUUUUGACCUGUUCUGUUAAACAAGCCAAAAGUGUCGUUGAUAUUCCCAUCAAUAUUUCAUCCUGCUUAAAAUUGAUUACGUCAACGUCAAGAGAUCAUUUUGGAUCAAUAUUUCCUAGCAACAGUAUCAUGCUAUUCAUUUGUCUUUUAGUCUCUGGAUGACUCAUGUGGCCCAGACGUCCCCAGGCUACCCUCCUGACUGCUUGUCAUGCGAAGUCGAGAUUGAUAACUUUGAAUAAAUGACUGUCCUUACGACUCGGAAUUCAGAGAAACGUACUUGGAGAACUAUAGUCUUUGGAAAAUGUAAGAAAUUUGAGUGUUUUGUAAAGUAAAAUGUAUAUAGUCUAAUUAACGGCGAUUACAAAACUUAUAUGAACAUAUUCUACCUGAGUAGAAACAUUUUCACGCAGCAUUUAGAAGGGUAUUGUCUAUCGUGUCAAGAGGGUCGUGUUUCAUUGCAGAUGUAUGACCUCAGUCUUUCUUCAAUCCAAUUGUUAGACUAAAAGUGCAACCCUUUCUAAGAUUUUCAUAAACAUGGGCGGAUUUACGGGGGGGAAGAGGAAACCCUGACUUUAUAGUGAAAUCCAUCGAGCUAUAAUGCAUGUUUCCUCGUUGUUAUAUAGAAAGCCUUGGACAAAGAAAUAGACGACAAUGCCAAUAUCGCAUUGAAAGGCCUGACCACGCCACGAGAGGGCGAUGACGAAGAACAACGCGUUGCCUUAAAAUUCGGUCAGGCUACCUAUGUUCAUCACCGCGCUAUGAGAGAUGUGUGGAAAAGUCUAGAUGAAAAUAAGAAGACACAAAUCCUGCCCUGUAAGACCUCGGUACAUCCCAUGUUUAGUACGUCAUUUGGUCUCCAUGUUGCUGUGAUCACUGCUGAUCAGAUGUUCUCUUCACUCGCCGCGCAAAGAGAGGUUAUAUCUACUACCUUCACCAUAGAAACGGCCACAAUAUAUUCGAACACCGUACUUACUAAAAAGAUGUGUUUGCAACAGGCUUGUAGCAAGCUUGUCAACAAGUUGUAACAAGGCUGUUAUUUUAUCAAGUUGCGACAAGCUUGUCACUCACAACUUGUUGACACAUUACUGAACUGCAGGACGGUAACAAGUUGUUGGAACAACUUGCAACAAGUCUGUUGAGCUCAGUAACCUUGUAGCAAGUUGUCAACAACCUUGUAGCAACUUGUUAACAAACUGGGAACAAGCAGUGCGAACACAUCCUGUUGACAAGUUGUUGGAACAGCAUUGUUACAAUUAAUCUGCUACAAUUUGUUACAAUUUGUGCGUUUUUACUUGUGUAGUUUAAAUACAGAUAGGCAUAUACAAAUUCCAUGCAAUCACACAAUAGCCCGAAUAUGGAAUGACCUAUUCUUAACUCUGGUUAAAGAUGGGUUAAACCUGCAAUUUUAAUACAUAAAAAAACUUCGAUAUAGAUGGAUUUCAUUCAGCAUUAUCGUGCAGCUGAAGCCGGUUACAGACGAGCAACUUUUCUAUGACAAGUUUUUAUGUGACAAGUUUUAUUUGCCGAGUGCACGCGUGUAUAUGCAAUAAAUUUUAUAUGACAAGUUUUCAUAUGACAAGUUUUAUUUAGGCCAAAAAAAAAAUAUGUCGCUGGCCAGGUGAUCUCGUGUUCGUAUUUUAGCCAAUCGGCGCUCAGAAAGGGUUGUCCGAAUAGAAAUCCAUUUUGAUGUAUUCAGUCAAUUAUAUCUUUCGUUAUUCUUUAUGAAACUAGUUGAAAUUUUGUAAUUAUGUUUGGUUAUGAGAACUAUAGCUCUGACAAAAAUAUGGAAUCGAAAUAAAGUAUAUUAGAAGGAUAUUUUCAGUUGUUUUAAUCAUAAAAUGGAUUUCUAUUUGACAACUAGUGCCAGUACUUUUCCGCGUAUCAAGAUCACCUGGGGGCAAUCACAUUCACAUCAAAUGCUCAGAUUAUUUUGACAAGUUUUCUUUGCUGACCCGUAUAGACGAACAAAAUUUGUACUUUGACAAUUUUUUCUAUGACAAGUGUACUUGUCAAAAGCUAGCAUGCUAGCUUUUAAACAAGUGCACUUGUCAUAGAAAAAAUUGUCAAAGUUGCGUGUACAGACGAGCAAAUAAAACUUGUCACCUAAAAGAUAUAAGUAAUUUAAUUUUCUAGCAUGUUGCGCAUACCAUUAAUGUCGACAUUUCUAGGGUUGA